UCCCACCCCCCACUGGACAAAAGCGGCGUUGGUGUCCACGGGGCAUGCAGAUCAGAUAACCUUCCUGCUCAGGGCGGUCAGCGCGGUCCCAAACAUCGCCUACGCGUGAUUCAUGUGACUGCUGUCGACAGAAAAGAUAUUCCGUGGGCCGUGAGGGGCUCGAGAGACAGAGCGCGCAGGCUUCCUCUUCGAGCUACCGUCGAACUCCCUCCGUGUCGUCGGUUCUGCCUGCCCCCUAGAGGCAUCUCCCGGCAGCAGAUCGGCACGCUUUCUUUCUUCUUCCUCCUGCACAAGGGCCUUUCCCCUUACCGUAUAGCUCUGCUAUUCGAGUGGCGAUACAAGAGUUGGUGUUGACUGGAGAAGAAGGAGGAAUCUGCAGCAGCAGCAGCAGCAGCAGACUAAAUUUUUGGUGAGAUUUGGAGCACCAAACAAGUAGGGCGCCAUGUUUUCUCGGUUCAGCUUCGGGGUAUCCUCCAAGAAGACGUUCAAGCCGGUCAAGGGCCACCAGGGCGGCUCCAAACGGGAGGAGCUGCACCAGUUCACUCGGAAGACGCUUGGCAGCGGGAACAUGAGAUUGGCGGUGCAACUCCCGCCUUCCGAAGAGCUCAACGAGUGGCUAGCUGUGAACACUGUUGACUUCUUCAACGAAGUGUCUUUGCUGUACGGCAUCGUGGCGGACAGUGCGGCACAGUACGACCGGCCCGGGGAGGGCUUCCCCCCCGGGUUCGAGUACCUGUGGGUGCCCGAGGGCGCCAAGGGGAAGGGCCGCAAGCCGGCUCCGCAGAAAUGUUCCGCCCCGCAGUACGUGGACCACGUGAUGACGUGGGUCGAGGACCAAAUCAACAAGGAGGAUAUCUUCCCAACUACUCCCGACGCGACAUACCCGAAAGACUUCAAGAAAACGGCGAUGACGAUCUUCAAACGCCUGUUCCGAGUGUUCGCCAUUAUCUACUGCAGCCAUUUCGACAACAUCGAGCAGCUUGGGGCGGCGGCGCAUCUCAACACUUCCUUCAAGCACUUCAUUUUCUUCGCGCUAGAGUUCGACCUGCUGGCGAGGAAAGAAAUGGACCCGUUGGAGGCGCUGGUUACCCCGCUCGUUGAGGAAUUCAGCCGCGGGACAAUGUCUACAUGACCUGGGGGGGGGAACGCUGUUUGCAGGAUGGAGAGGGGAAGGGGAAACGUAAAGCCCUUUAAAAAUCGGGGAGGGGGGGGUGAUUUGGUGCCCGCCUUUCGUCUUUUGAGACCAUGGAAGACGGCACGCACUUCAGUCUGUUCUUGGUUAUUUUCAACAUCGUUUGUUCGGGUGUGCUUGUCGUGGGGUAGGAGGGGGAGGUCGAACCAUCCACUCGUAAUGUUUCUUCGGCUUCAGUGAUAUAUUCUUUUGUCUUGCAUGUGGCACCCAAAGCGUGAUGCAUGUGCGUGCGCGCGUGCCGCUACUGUACGUAGGGUGAGAUUUGGCGUGCCAAGAUAUGUGGCAUGUCACGGUUGUGGCUGUGCCACUCUCUCAGGUUUGACGUGGUGCACGUUGACCGUAACUUCCCGAAGUGAGACAUGAUGGCCGAUCGAUCGAGAAAAUGCUCCGACAACACGUCUCGUGACAUUCUCACUCUUGUAUAAAAGAUUUAGGUUUGUGGCCCCUGGAGGCGCCGGGGAGGGGGGGCCGGGGGGGGGGCUAGAGAGAGAGAGGGACAAUCCGUAUGACUUGAGAAACGNGGGGGGGGGGGGGGGGGGGGGGGGGGGGGGGGGGGGGGGGGCUAGAGAGAGAGAGGGACAAUCCGUAUGACUUGAGAAACGUCGACCCUGCCGAUGCAGUAGAGUUGGCCCUUGGCUUUGUGUUGAUUUGUUGUUGAGAUUUUGUGAACCCCGAGUUUGUCGCUGUUUUGCUGCUGCGCUGCGUACCGGCGUUCCUCGUGCCAAGUACAAGACGGAAGAUGUGUAACUAGGGGGCUAUCUGACUUAGACGCUUGUUUUUUUUAGUAGACCAAACGCGUGGGUUGUGUCACGCGCAUCAACAGCAAUGGAUGAUGGUUGAUGAAAACACAAAAAAGACCGCAAGUCAUCUCAAA